CGGCAAAUGCUCAAGCUCUGCAGGGCUAUCAACAGGUGAUAGCCAUGAUGCAACAGGCAGGGGGCUUCAUGCCAUUUGCUUAUCCUGGCAUGAUGCCACCAAUUAUGCCACCCGAGUGUCGACCCCAUCGACAUUUGUCCCUAGGAUGGUUCCUAUACGCCUGGUGAAUUUUACAGGAAACAUGAAUGAGGCAGUGCCCUCAAAUGUCCAUGAAGUCGACGAGGCGGAACAGGAGGCAGCCCGCAAAAGGAAGGGUAAGGUUAUAGCCAAACCCAGCAAGACCCGAGAUUCGGCGUUCAAACGCCUAGGGGACAAAGAGGAUGGACCCCGCAAGUCUGCCAAGCUACGUCUUGGUCCUGAGAUGGGCCGGACUAGCGCAAUGGAAAGACUUGGCGGGAGUCGUCCUGCCCAAUCUCGUCGUUCUAGGGAAUCUAAGACGAUUCACCUAGAUGAGGAGGAAGCUGAAAGCCAGCCCAGAGCAUCGGCAUAUACCAGGCUCUCAUACGAUGAGGAUGACCUCGACAAGAUAGGGAGCAUAGCGAGAAAGCUAAGUGCCCUGGAGGAAAAGGUAGAAGAGAAGGCGGGAGCGAAGAAGCACACCCUGGCCAAAUCACCCUUUUCAGCCAGGGUAUAUGCACAAAACUUGAGGCGGAAGGUCAAGCUGGAUGUGGAGAAAUUCACUGGAAAGGAGGAUCCAAAUAUCCACCUUGACACCUUCCAUAAUGCAGCGCAAAUGGCCGGGUGUACUGAUGCUGAUGAAUGCCUACUCUUCUUCUCAUCCUUGAGAGGGAGGCCAGUGGAAUGGUUUAACAGCCUUCCACAUGGUAAGAUCGGGUCCUUUGAAAAACUUGCUGAGAUUUUUUGCAAGAAGUACGAGGACAACUGCAUCAAAAGGAAGAAGUUCACCUACCUUAACACGGUAGGGCAGAGGGAGAAGGAGUCCUUGACUCAGUUCUUAACUCGCUGGAGGGACGAGGUCGACAAAGUAGAAGAGAUGGACGACAAGACUGUAACACCCUAAUUUGUCCAGGUCUACAGCCCCUUUCAGAUUAAAGUAUUAACUUGGUAAUCGUAAAAAUUUAAAACAUUUCAAACACUUUUAUUUAUCACAAUAAUAUUUUUCAUAAUAUAAACAGUACGGAGUUUUCAAUAUUGCGGAAGCUUAACAAUCAUAAUCACAAACAUAAUUUAUUUAUGUUCUUUAAUUCAAAACCAUCACAUCCAUUCCGACAAUCUCGCCUCCGUCUGCCUCCAGGAUCACGUCACUUCAUUAACCUGCGUGUAGCAAAUAAAACAUACUACACGCU